AUGGAGUCCAAACGAGAGUUUCUCAGAUACGCGAGUCCCAAUGAGAUGCGGACAAUAGCCCGUGAGGAUGUGGGCUACUAUGACGCAGUUGUCAUUGGCGGAGUGUACAACUUCAACAAUGAAGUCAACAUCAAGUCUCCCUCAACCUAUUUCCAUGCUCUCAGACAUUGCAUCGAGGAACACCCCUUCUUCUGUGUUACUGUUGGUGAUAGAGACACCGAUAAAGCUUACUAUGAGCGCGUGCCAAGCAUCAAUGUCGAGGAGCACAUCUCCAUUGUCCAAGAUGGAGAAGCUACGACCGAUUCUUUGGAGGCCAUCGGAAGAUCGAUGAGACUAGAAUUGGAUCGUCCAUUUGUCGCAGGCAUUCCUCCUUGGAGGAUUGUGGUCCUUCCCCUCGGUCCUUCCCAUUGUCAUGUUGCCUUCUCUUUCUCUCAUACUAUUGGUGAUGGCAUUGCUGGUGUCGCUUUCCACACGACGUUUCUCGAAGGGCUAAGAAAGACACCUACAGCUAUUCCAUCGUCCACUAUCACGCCCCCGAAAAAGCCAUUACCUGAGCCAUUCGACACACCAGAGAGACUGCCAAUCUCGUGGUCGUUCUUAUUAGCGCCAUUCGUUGCCCAGUACAUGCCCUACUUCCUUGUCCAACUGCUGGGCUUACGCGUCUCGGCGUCCUAUGUCAACGAAGGCACAUGGACUGCAACACCUAUCUUCUACGAUGCCAAGACGCACUGCAACAAGCUCAAGAUUCGACAAAUUGAAGCACAACAGGUCGAAAAGGUUACUCAGCUUGCGAGAACCCACGAUGCGAAAUUGACAGGAGUCAUGCACCAACUUGUAGCCCGAGCACUCAGCAAAGCCGUCAAGGAUAACAACGUCACAAACUUCGUGGCCCAAACAGCCAUCAAUAUGAGACGAUCAAUCGGAUGGUCCAACGACUUGGCAACUGAGUGUGUAUCGGGCUGUUACACCCUUCAUCAACGCAGCUCAGCUACAGGUCCCCUGACAGAACAAGAGUGGACAUCCGCCUGCGAAGCCACGAAAGAAUUCGCAAUCUCCUCCACCAAGCUCGACGACAUGCCAAUCGGUCUGUUGCGAUACGCAUCGAGCAUAAGAGAGUGGACUCUUGGCAAGAUCGGCAAAAGGCGAGACUCGUCAUAUGAGUUUAGCAACGUUGGUGUGUUUGAUGGAGAUGCUCUCGGCAAAGACCAGGUCAAGGUGACCAAAAUGACUUUUGCGCAGCCAGGUCACGUUGGUGGAUGCCCCAUUAGUUUUAAUGUAGCUUCGGUCAAGGGAGGAGAUUUGGUGUAUACCGUUACGUGGCAACCAGGCGCUUUGGGGCUUGGUGAUGAAGCCAUGGAGGAGAAGAUUGUGGAGGAGAUCUGCGAUAAUGUCAAGCAGGGAUUUAACGCUAUUGCUUAA